AUGAGUGGGCUGGAACUCAAGUGCGGGAAAGCUUUUGCCAGCUUCGAGCUCUACAAGUACCUAGUUGACCAUAGCUACCGUGCCAAUAAGCACCUCGACGAGCUCCGUGAGGUGAGUGUCAAACACGAGUGGGGUGGCAUGUGCUCCCCUCCUGACAGCAUCCCCCUGCUGCAGCUGCUGGUGCAGCUUCUACAUGCAAAGAAAAUUGCGGAAGUGGGUGUCUUCACCGGGAAACCAUUCUGGAAGGCCGCUGGAGUGCAGGACAAGGUUGACUUGCGCCUUGCGCCCGCUGCUGAGACUCUCAAGGGCUUCCUGCAGAACGGCGAGGAGGGCACCUUCGACAUGGGCUUCAUAGAUGCAGACAAGACCGGAUAUGAUGUCUACUACGAACUGCUGCUGAAGCUGCUUCGUCCCGGGGGCGUGAUUCUCAUUGACAACACCCUUUGGGAUGGCAACGUCAUCAAGCCUGAAGUUCAAACAGCCGACACUCUGGCCAUCAGAGCAAUCAAUGAUAAAGUCCUCAAGGAUGACAGGGUGACAAUCUGCAUGCUACCCAUCUCAGAUGGUGUCACCAUUGCGCUCAAGAAGUGA